GUUCGCGCUGCGGCGGGAGGUGGCUGCCGGGUGGGAGGUGUGUGCGCGUGUGCCGCGCCGUAGGGAGCGGCGGGUCGCGCCGCCGGCUGUCAGGUAGCUCCGCGCCGCCGCCCGAUGGCGCAAGGAGGCGCGCGGGCCCAGCCCCGGGGGGCCGGCCGCGGGUGAGCCCCUCGGCCUGCAGCCCGCGAGCAUGUCACCUCCAGCCGCCGCCGCCUCAGCCUCUGCCAGCAGCGCCCGCGCCCCCGCCUCCCGCAGCCGCAGCCGCUGCCUCGGGCAUUGGCCCCCAGACCCCCGCCUCUGAUCCACGCCCAGACCCUAGAGCCAGAGGGCCAUGGCCGGCCAGGGGGACUGCUGCGUCAAGGUGGCCGUCAGGAUCCGGCCCCAGCUGUCAAAGGAGAAGAUUGAGGGCUGUCACAUCUGUACCUCUGUUACGCCGGGAGAGCCCCAGGUCCUGCUGGGGAAGGACAAGGCCUUCACCUAUGACUUUGUCUUCGACCUGGACACCUGGCAAGAACAGAUCUAUUCCACCUGUGUGAGCAAGCUCAUCGAGGGCUGCUUCGAGGGCUAUAAUGCCACGGUGCUGGCCUAUGGGCAGACAGGGGCCGGGAAGACGUACACCAUGGGCACUGGCUUUGACAUGGCAACGUCGGAGGAGGAGCAGGGCAUCAUCCCGAGGGCCAUCGCACACCUCUUUGGGGGCAUUGCCGAGCGCAAGCGUCGGGCACAGGAGCAGGGCAUGGCUGGACCUGAGUUCAAAGUCAGCGCCCAGUUUCUGGAGCUCUACAAUGAGGAGAUCCUUGACCUGUUUGACAGCACCCGUGACCCUGAUGCCCGCCACCGCAGGUCCAACAUCAAGAUCCAUGAGGAUACGAAUGGUGGCAUCUAUACCACCGGCGUCACUUCUCGCCUCAUCCACUCCCAGGAGGAGCUGAUCCAGUGCCUGAAGCAGGGGGCCCUGUCCCGCACCACAGCCAGCACCCAGAUGAACGUGCAGAGCUCACGCUCCCAUGCCAUCUUUACCAUCCACCUGUGCCAGAUGCGCAUGUGCACCCAGCCCGACCUGGUGAAUGAGGCGGUGACUGGGCUUCCUGAUGGUACACCUCCCUCGAAUGAGUAUGAGACACUCACUGCUAAGUUUCACUUUGUGGACCUGGCCGGCUCAGAGCGGCUGAAGCGGACAGGGGCUACUGGCGAGCGGGCCAAGGAGGGCAUCUCCAUCAAUUGUGGCCUGCUGGCCUUGGGCAAUGUGAUCAGCGCCUUAGGGGACCAGAGCAAGAAGGUGGUGCACGUCCCCUACAGGGACUCCAAGCUCACUCGGCUCCUCCAGGAUUCGCUGGGGGGCAACAGCCAGACCAUCAUGAUCGCCUGUGUGAGCCCCUCAGACCGAGACUUCAUGGAGACCCUCAACACACUCAAAUAUGCCAAUCGAGCCCGCAACAUCAAGAACAAGGUGGUAGUGAACCAGGACAAGACCAGCCAGCAAAUCAGCGCACUGCGGGCUGAGAUUGCUCGGCUGCAGAUGGAGCUGAUGGAGUAUAAGGCGGGCAAGCGAGUGAUAGGAGAGGAUGGCGCUGAGGGCUAUAGCGACCUGUUCCGGGAGAAUGCCAUGCUACAGAAGGAGAAUGCGGCCCUGCGGCUGCGGGUGAAAGCCAUGCAGGAGGCCAUCGACGCCAUCAAUAACCGCGUCACCCAGCUCAUGAGCCAGGAGGCCAACCUGCUGCUAGCCAAGGCUGGCGAUGGCAAUGAGGCCAUUGGCGCGCUGAUCCAGAACUACAUCCGGGAGAUCGAAGAGCUGCGGACGAAGCUCCUGGAGAGUGAAGCCAUGAACGAGUCCCUGCGCCGCAGCCUCUCACGGGCCUCGGCUAGGAGCCCCUACCCCCUGGGUGCCUCUCCAGCCGCCCCGGCCUUCGGGGGCAGCCCGGCCAGCUCCAUGGAGGAUGCCUCGGAGGUGAUCCGUAGGGCCAAGCAGGACCUGGAGCGGCUAAAGAAGAAGGAGGUCAGGCAGCGCAGGAAGAGCCCCGAGAAGGAAGCCUUCAAAAAGAGGGCAAAACUCCAACAGGAGAACAGCGAGGAGACAGAUGAGAACGAGGCGGAGGAGGAGGAGGAAGAGCGAGACGAGAGUGGCUGUGAGGAGGAGGAAGGGCGAGAGGAUGAAGACGAGGACUCGGGCAGUGAAGAGAGCCUGGUGGACUCAGACUCAGACCCCGAGGAGAAGGAGGUGAACUUCCAGGCGGACCUGGCCGACCUGACUUGUGAGAUCGAAAUCAAGCAGAAGCUGAUCGACGAACUGGAGAACAGCCAGCGGCGGCUGCAGACGCUCAAGCACCAGUAUGAGGAAAAGCUGAUUCUGCUGCAGAACAAGAUCCGAGACACACAGCUGGAGCGCGACCGCGUGCUGCAGAACCUCAGCACCAUGGAGUGCUACACGGAGGAGAAGGCAAACAAGAUCAAGGCAGACUAUGAGAAGAGGCUGCGGGAGAUGAACCGGGACCUGCAGAAGCUGCAGGCCGCCCAGAAGGAGCAUGCCCGGCUGCUCAAGAACCAGUCGCGCUAUGAGAGGGAGCUGAAGAAGCUACAGGCCGAGGUGGCUGAGAUGAAGAAGGCCAAGGUAGCCCUGAUGAAGCAGAUGCGUGAGGAGCAGCAGCGGCGGCGGCUAGUGGAGACCAAGAGGAACCGGGAGAUCGCACAGCUCAAGAAGGAGCAGCGGCGACAGGAGUUUCAGAUCCGAGCUCUGGAGUCCCAGAAGCGGCAGCAGGAGAUGGUCCUGAGGAGGAAGACCCAGGAGGUUUCUGCACUGAGGCGCCUAGCCAAGCCCAUGUCUGAGCGGGUGGCAGGGCGUGCAGGACUAAAGCCACCCAUGCUGGACUCUGGGGCCGAGGUGUCGGCCAGCACUACCUCAUCUGAGGCUGAAUCAGGGGCCCGCUCUGUCUCCAGCAUCGUGCGCCAGUGGAACCGCAAAAUCAACCACUUCUUGGGGGACCACCCUGCGCCCACUGUCAAUGGCACCCGGCCUGCCCGAAAGAAGUUCCAGAAGAAGGGGGCCAGCCAGAGCUUCAGUAAGGCAGCAAGGCUCAAGUGGCAGUCCCUGGAGCGACGGAUCAUCGACAUUGUCAUGCAGAGAAUGACCAUUGUCAACCUGGAGGCUGACAUGGAGCGACUCAUCAAGAAAAGGGAGGAGCUGUUCCUCCUGCAGGAGGCACUGCGGAAGAAGCGGGAGCGGCUGCAGGCUGAGAGCCCCGAGGAAGAGAAGGGGCUACAGGAGCUGGCUGAGGAGAUCGAGGUGCUGGCAGCCAACAUUGACUACAUCAAUGAUAGCAUCACCGACUGCCAGGCCACCAUCGUGCAGCUAGAGGAGACCAAGGAGGAGCUGGACUCCACAGACACAUCCGUGGUCAUCAGCUCCUGCUCCCUGGCUGAAGCUCGCCUCCUGCUAGACAACUUCCUCAAGGCAUCCAUUGACAAGGGACUGCAAGUGGCACAAAAGGAAGCCCAGAUCCGGCUGCUGGAGGGCCGACUGAGGCAGACAGAUAUGGCAGGCUCCUCCCAGAACCAUCUGCUCCUGGACGCCCUGCGUGAGAAGGCCGAGGCUCACCCCGAGCUGCAGGCACUCAUCUACAAUGUGCAGCAGGAGAACGGCUAUGCCAGCACCGAUGAGGAGAUCUCAGAGUUCUCUGAGGGGAGCUUCUCCCAGUCAUUCACCAUGAAAGGAUCCACCAGCCAUGAUGAUUUCAAGUUCAAGAGUGAGCCCAAGCUGUCUGCCCAAAUGAAAGCUGUGUCGGCUGAGUGCCUGGGUCCCCCACUGGAUAUCUCCACCAAAAACAUCACCAAGUCCCUGGCCUCCCUUGUUGAGAUCAAAGAGGACGGAGUGGGCUUCUCUGUCCGAGACCCCUAUUACCGGGACAGGGUCUCGCGCACCGUCAGCCUGCCUACCCGGGGCAGCACUUUCCCCAGGCAGUCUCGAGCCGCAGAGACAUCCCCGCUGACGAGAAGGAAGUCCUACGACCGAGGGCAGCCCAUUAGGUCCACAGAUGUGGGAUUCACGCCACCAUCAUCCCCUCCCACUCGGCCCCGCAAUGACCGAAAUGUCUUCUCUCGUCUCACCAGUAAUCAGAGCCAGGGGUCAGCGCUGGACAAGUCUGAUGACAGCGACUCCUCUUUGUCGGAGGUCCUGAGGGGCAUCAUCUCCCCGGUUGGAGGAGCCAAGGGUGCACGGACAGCCCCACUGCAGUGCGUCUCCAUGGCUGAAGGCCACACCAAACCCAUCCUCUGCCUGGAUGCCACGGAUGAGUUGCUAUUCACAGGGUCCAAAGACCGAAGCUGCAAGAUGUGGAACUUGGUUACCGGACAGGAGAUCGCCGCUCUAAAGGGCCACCCCAACAAUGUGGUCUCCAUCAAGUACUGCAGCCACUCGGGGCUUGUGUUCUCCGUGUCCACCUCCUACAUCAAGGUGUGGGACAUCCGGGACUCAGCCAAGUGCAUUCGGACUCUCACAUCCUCAGGCCAGGUGAUCUCAGGGGAUGCCUGUGCCGCCACGUCCACCCGUGCCAUCACCAGUGCUCAGGGUGAGCAUCAGAUCAACCAGAUCGCCCUCAGCCCUUCGGGCACCAUGCUGUACGCCGCCUCGGGCAACGCCGUCCGCAUCUGGGAGCUUAGCAGGUUCCAGCCUGUUGGCAAGCUGACCGGCCACAUCGGUCCUGUGAUGUGCCUGACAGUCACCCAGACAGCCAGCCAGCACGACCUUGUGGUGACUGGCUCCAAGGACCACUACGUUAAGAUGUUCGAGCUGGGUGAGGGUGUGACGGGCACCAUUGGCCCCACUCACAACUUUGAGCCCCCGCACUACGACGGCAUCGAGUGUCUCGCCAUCCAGGGAGACAUCCUGUUCAGUGGCUCCCGAGAUAAUGGCAUCAAGAAGUGGGACCUAGACCAGCAGGAGCUCAUCCAGCAAAUCCCCAAUGCACACAAGGACUGGGUGUGCGCCCUGGCCUUCAUCCCAGGCCGCCCCAUGCUGCUCAGCGCCUGCCGUGCGGGCGUCAUCAAGGUCUGGAAUGUGGACAACUUCACGCCCAUCGGUGAGAUCAAGGGCCACGACAGCCCCAUCAAUGCCAUCUGCACCAAUGCCAAGCACAUCUUCACAGCCUCCAGUGACCUGACGGUGAAGUUCUGGAGUGUCCGGCGGUUACCCCACAGCGGCCCACCCUAGGAGUGAGGUCAGAGGGAUGCCCCCGGACCCUCGACUCCGGCAGCCUGGACAGCAUGGAAGGGAAGCUGUGACUCAGCCAAUGGGGCCAGCUGCCCUGGGGACAGAGAGCGUGGCCCCCUCUCCUGUCCUCCUCCCUCUCCCUUGGCCUUCCCACAGGACACUGUUCCCUCAGUCCCUCUCCUGCCUCUCAGGAGCCUCUGGGUGAGAGAGAGGCUGGGGAGGAAAUUAAGCUGUGAAGCCAAAGGGCAUUAUCCCUUCUUGUUCCACUCCCAGUGGUCCUGGCCACAAUGUCUCCUGCUGAACUGGCUCUGCCCCUUUCUCAGGCCUUUGGCCCAGUGGUGGGGCCCUGUGGGGAAGUGCAGCAGCCUGGCCCCAUCCCACCCUUCCGAGGAGCUGGCCUCCCCUCAUCUCCCAGCCCAGCCUCUAGAGCCACUGCACCUGCCUCUGAGCCCAAAAAGAUAGUCCUCAGGUAGCUAAGGAAACCAGGUGUGGGCGGCUGGGCCUUGCAGCUAACCCUUAACCCUCUGGCCACCCGCAGAUAGCCCCAGCUGGCCCCAGCAAUUCCCUGGGGUCCCUUUCGGAUGGGGCCAAGGUAGAGCUGCUAGAAAGAUUCCUUUGGGGAGACAGUCAGAAAUACUUCAGUUAUUUAUUUUGUUAUUUUUAUUUUUUGCUAUUGCCUCCUGGAAACUGACUUGAAGUUUCUUCCCAUAUAUUCUUUCCCUCAGCUCUUGGGGGCCAGAAAUUCCAAAGGGAGUCCGCUGCCCCGGCCCUCCAGGGCCGCCUCCUCUGUUUGCUUUGCGGAGGAGGGAACUGCUCCUUUCACUCUGCAGCUUGGACCUGUCCCCGACACAGCCCCCAGGGAGCCUUCUAGCAUACCCCCUGGCCUCUAGGCCGCCUGACGCUCAGUGCCUUCCUCCGUCCCGGGGCCUGGCACCCGUGCCGGGCAGCCUUACACCAGCCAUGCCCGUGGCACCACAUGUGUCUUCUCACUCGCGAGGUCUGGUGCCAGCGCCCCUGGGAAGGCGGGGGCGCUCACCCCACAGCCCAGGCCCCGGGGUUCCACCCCAGAGUCCUGCGUGGGCCACGUAGGAAGCAGCGUGGGGGCUGUGUCUGCUGGGAGGCAGCUUGGAUGGGGAAGACGGCCCGGCACCCUGGCCCCCGCCCCUCCCCAGCCCUGCAGCCCCCCACUGGGCCGGGGAGUCUCUCCAGCUUCUCUCUCUCUGGUUAUUCAGGAGACACAUUUUCAGCCUUAAAACUGGCAUGGAGCGCAGGCCCUCCCUUGCAGGAAAUUAUCAAGGAAGAGAGAGUUGGCAGUUUCUUUGCCCCGGGGCUGGGGACACCGAGCUCGGGACACCGAGCUCCGGGGAGGUUGUUAAAUCAGUGUUUUGGCGCCCCCUAUUGGGGAAACUCUGGAAUUACAGGAGUGGGCCUUGGGAGGUACUGAGCUCCAUCCCUCUCCCCCGCCCCACCCCCACCCAAAGUUGCCCACCCUGUUUUUCCCUUGCUUCGCUGGUCUUGUGCUUCCCGGCUUCAGUCUGGGAGCCAAGAACCAGCGCCACCUCCCUUCAGAGGACGCAGUGACUUGGACUUACCGGAGGUAGUUCUGUGUUUCUGCCCUUGGCUCCUCUCCAUCUUGGGCCGGGGCCCUUGGAGCCCUCUCCAUGUGGCACCCAGUGUGGUGGGGAGGCAGGCCCCAGUGGAGGUUAAGUGAGGCCUGGUCCCUUCCCCGUGCCCUCCUCGGAGCUGCCAUAGAGGCUAAGAAGGCUGUCCUGCUGGUGCUGGCCCUGCUGGAAGUGGUAUUGAAGUCUGGGGCCGCUGAUGGCAGGAAGGAGACUGCCUCAGAUGCUGGUCUCCCGGGACCUGAACAGUCUGUCUGCAAUGACUGGAAAUCCUUCUUCCUCUGGCCACCCUUGGGGGUGCUGGGUAACCCCUUAGCUCUGAGAUGUGGCCACAAAUCUCUUCCCACUCCUCUCCAUCGCUCCCCACCUGAACAGAAGGUUUUGACCUUGCAACCUGUAAGAAAGAAUCCGUCCGCAUGACUGUUUACAAGUGAUAGAAACACAUAAGACUCUGUCCCCGGAGCUCCCACAGCCGGGCCGGGGAUGCCCCAUCUGGGGUGACUGCACUGUAGCUGCAAGGCGUGUUCUUGCAUGAAGUGUGGUCUUACGGCCCCGCGAGAGGUGCUCGUCAUCACUGCCCAUUUUCUGGUGUUUCCGAUGGGCCAGCUACCUCACGGCGGGGCCAGCUCUGCUGUCCUGGCAAGUGUCAUUGACUCUCUAAACUUGAAGUCCUUCAGGAGCCCUGAGCCCAACAUCCCUGAGACACCCCAAGUUGUGCUCCAUGAGAGUUGGAGUCUCUGCCCACUCUUUCGGGGAUGUCCAGGGUCCAUCGUUAGGGGGCAGGCCCCCAGCUCCACUCACUGCACAAGCACCCUAAGUGUUGGAAGCACAAAAUGGUUGUGAUUUGAGCACAAUGGCAGGGUCUCGCAGGCAGACUUGAUAGACCUGGGCCCGGGAAGUUCCUCCCAGGUUGGCUCUGUCCAAGGUGAGAUUGGGGAUGCCUGUGUCUGGGACAGGGGGCUGCCCUUGCUCAGACCAGGCCUUGGCCCAUGGCUCGUGCUAAUUCUGGGACUCAUCAGCUAACUUCUCGCCCUUCUGUGCCCAUCUUAAGAUCUGAGCCUUGUCAGGCCCAGCCACAUCUGUAUACCAUGGGACCAGGAGUAAAGCGCUGUCUAAACCCCACACCCCAAAUCUCUAAACACCUGAAUUCAGGCUGAGUCCUAGCCCUAGUGAGCCUGAAGAGCUUGCUCUGAUUCCCUGUCUCCUGGGUCAAGCCCUACUUUGUGCUUUCGAAGCUUAUGAGCGGGUUCCCUGGAUAGAAGGAGUCUUCCAUCCCCACUGCCCUUGGGCCUCUUCAGCAUAGUCCUGUGCUGGGGCCCUGUCCUCACUAUCAGUCAGUUCAGUAUUUGCUUUCAUGUGAGUGACGGACUCCUCUGAGGCAACCGGAACUCUCAAAGGCAGCGCCUGGAGUUGUCUUGAGAGAUUUCCAAGGAAGGAGGAAAGACUAACAGGCGGAGGCUGGCACACCCAAGCCUUUGAGGUGGUCAGAGUGCCACCUUCAGCCCCUUGGGAAGGGACAGCGGUGGAUCUGGGAAUGGCCUCACCCUGGAUUCAGCCUAGGAAUCUCUUCACCCUCAGCUGCCCAGCCCUGCUGCCUGUCUGGGGCUGUGUGACCUGGGCAGAGGGCAGUUUAAAGCACAAAACCACAUAGGGAAAAUACGAGGUCACGGGGACUUUCUCAUAUGCCUGAUGUGGUGGAGGGAGACACCGGCAGGCGGCUGCAGUGAAGUUAGGGAACAUAACACUUCUUUGCCCUGCUAACUCUCAGCUCUGGGGGACCUCCCCCGAUGUGGUCUGGGCUGGGAGCAGGCAUAUCCCCUGGUUGUUGCCUGUGCCUGGUCUGUUCACCAUCGUGUUUGUGUGGGCAGAACCUGCCCUGCAGGAGCAGUGACUUCCCACUGUGUGUCCCGGACCUGUGGUAUGUGUCCCUUUGCCAUCCCGAACAGGCAACUGCUCGCUGCUCUCCUCGCUCGGCAUAGCCUCCUGGUCAGUGGCCAAUGCCCCACAGGCCUUCCUGGGCCUGGCCCUCCUCUCUUGACUCCCAGAUCCUUCCCUGCCCUCUUAUGUGCAAGGACAGAUUUUGCAGGGAAAGUUCUGUGUCUUCUUUGAUAUCUUUGUUCUGUCCCCUGCCCCAUCCCCAGCACUCAUGAUCUUGAAGCCCCCAUCACACCCCAGUUCAGUCCCAUGAACCAUGUCCUGAGGGCCUUGCAGGGAAGUAGGAAGUAGAAACUGCUUCACAAAGAGCCGAGGGUCAGAGAAGACCCCUGAGAUGAAUCAGGGCCCUGCCCCCCUGACCACCAGCUCUUUUCUAGCAAUCAUGCCCUGCCCAGGCUGCAGGCUUCGUUAGGCUCCUGCUGUCCUCCGCGAUGUGACUAGCACAAGGUGUAUAUAUGUUUUGUACCUCUGCCGAUGGCUGUACAUAGUGUAUGAAACUUAUUUAAGCCUCAUGUUGUACAUUUCUGUUCCUAGAUUGGAUGUGUGUGUUCUAAGAAGUUGUCAUAAAUAAAACCUGAAUGACCAAUGUC